AUGGCGUUGGCGCAGCCGCAGCUACAGGCGCAGGCGCGGUUCGUGCGGGCGGCCGCGGCAAACGCCGGCGUGGAGCUGGACGAGUCGCGGUGGGUGAGCGAGGUGCGGCGGCGGAUGGAGGCUGGGGCGGAGGAGCUGGGCGCCGUGGCCAUGGUCUUCGACGUGCCGCGGCUGCUGCGGGCCACGAGGCCCGAGGCGUACACGCCGCAGCACUUCGCCCUGGGGCCAUACCACUACCAGCGGCCCGGGCUGAGGGACAUGGAGCGCUACAAGCUCGCCGCGGCCAAGCGCGGAGAGCAGCUCUUCGCCCCUCACCACACGUUCGACCAUCUCGUGCAAAACUUCGUCGGCAUGCAGGACAAGAUCAGGGCCCCAUACCACAGGUUCCUUGAGCUGAACGAGCAGACGCUGUCAUGGAUGAUGGCAAUCGACACGUGUUUCCUCCUCGACUUCCUUGAGAAGUACCACGUGGACAAGGCGACAAACCUGGUGUCCUCCUCGCCCAACUGGAUCAACGCGACGGUGCGGGACGCCAUGAUGCUCGAGAACCAGAUCCCGCUCUUCCUCUUCACCGCCGCGCUCCAGCUCCGCCACGGCUCCGAGGAAGCCGCCGCCGAUGCCAUGCGCGUCGUCUUGGACCGCUUCAUCAGGGACGUGUGCCCCAUCAAGACAAACACGCCGGCCCUCACCGGCGACAUCGCCGAGCACGGCCACCUGCUGGAGCUCCUCUACCAUUUCCUCGUGCCCGCCUCGGCCGUCUCUGCCCAGCUAAACGCGGCGAAGCUUCCGCCGCUGGUCCCAGAGGUGGCCAUCACCCUUGACGCGCACGGUGCGGUCGAGGAGCAGCAGGUCCCGGACACCGACAAGGUGCAGCAGGCGUGCAUGCAGGUGUCCAGCCUCGACGUGCCGCCUGUACGGUUCAUCAAGAACCUGAUCUCUAAGCCGAUGAGCGCGGUUUCGAGCCUCCCGGGGUGGAUUGUGGGCAAGGUGCCGCAGCUGUCGGGGGUGGCGCAGCUGCUCGGGAAGUUGAUGACGUCGACGGACGUGGCGGCGCUGCUCAAGGGCGUGAACCUGGCGACCAUCAUCAAGUCGCCGCUGGCCCAGGAGAUAAUGAUCCCGUCGGUGGCGCAGCUGGCCGCGUGCGGCGUGCGGUUCUUGCCGGCCCCGGAGGGCAUGGCCGGGAUCGCCUUCGACGCGGCCACGGCGACGCUGACCCUGCCGGUGCUCCACCUCGACAGCAACACGGAUGUGAUCCUCCGCAACCUGGUGGCGUACGAGACGGCCGCCGUGCGCGGGCCGCUGGUGCUGGCGCGGUACACGGAGCUCAUGAACGGCAUCAUCGACACCCCCAGGGACGUGAAGAUCUUGACGGGAUGCGGGAUCAUCGUGAACGGGAUGAAGAGCAACAAGGAGGCCGCGGAGAUGUGGAACGGGAUGUGCCGGGCGGUGCGGCCGAGCAAGGCGCCACUGCUGGACUGCGUGAUCAUGGAGGUGAACGCGCACCGGGACCGGGGCGCGGCCGUGAGAGCGAGGAGGAUGCUGAAGCGGUACGUGUUCAGGUCGUGGAAGAUGCUCACGCUGCUCGCCACGGUGGUGCUGCUGCUCAUGACGGCGCUGCAGACCUUGUGCACCGUCUACGACUGCAAGCGCUGGUUCGCCGGCCGUAUACCGCAGCUGACGGCCGGCGGUGGAGGGCAGUAG